CCCACCGCCACUCGUCCUCCUCCCCACCACCAGGCUGGAUUCAGCAAGGUAUAUGGGAUUAAAGAAUAUGGAUUUGGGCCUAGCGUUCCUAGGAUAUUUGUUUCUAGAUGGGCUGUUCCUUUGCAUGGCUGCGGAGCACGAGAUCACCUUUGAUCUGAGAGAGAAAGUUGUUACAAGUCUGUGUAACAAAAGCGAGAGCUUGCUCCUUGUAAACGAAUCGUACCCGGGCCCUACACUUCGUGUUCGCAAAGGCGAUACAACUUAUAUUACUGUCAACAAUAAUGGUUUAUAUGGUCUUACCGUUCACUGGCAUGGAGUAAAGCAACCAAAAAAUCCAUGGUCAGAUGGUCCUGAAUACAUUACACAAUGUCCCAUUCAGCCAGGAAAUAGCUUCACUUAUAAGGUCAUAUUUUCUGAUGAAGAAGGAACUUUAUGGUGGCAUGCCCAUAGUGACUGGACACGUGCCACAGUAUAUGGGGCCAUCGUUGUUGAACCUGCUGAGGGAAAAUUAUAUCCAUUUGACAAGCAGCCAGAUGGUGAACACAUAAUUAUACUUGGGGAAUGGUACAAUGGAUUCUUGAGGACAAUGCUCGAAGCUGCCAUGAGAAUCGGAGCUGAUGUAGCACCAUCAGAUGCUUACACUAUCAAUGGUCAACCUGGAUUUUCAAAUGAUUGCUAUAUUGAAAAUAUAACAAUAUUUGAGGUUGCUCGUGGCAAUACAUAUCUUCUCCGAAUAGUAAGUGCAGUGAUGAAUGAAGAAAUGUUCUUUGGAAUUGCUGGACACAAUAUCACAGUAGUGGGUCAAGAUGGUGCAUACUUAAAGCCCAUACCCACCAGCUACAUCAUGAUUUCCCCUGGACAAACAAUGGAUGUCUUGGUCACAGCAAACAAUUCCAUUGAUGGGCACACUUCCUAUUACAUGGUUGCUACGCCUUAUUCAGACUCAGGAGGGGCUCCGUUCAAUGAAAAAAACACUUCAGCAGUUCUCAACUACGGUGGUUUAAUAUAUAAUCCUCUCUAUCCAGAAUUCCUUCCUGAUCCUAAAAAUACAGACGCCGCAGAUGCCUUUACAAAACAAAUAAAGGCAUUGGCAACUGAAGAGCACCCAAUUGAUGUCCCACAAGAAAUUGAUGAAAGAAUAUUCAUUACAAUAUCUGUGAAUCAAUUGCCUUGUAAUCUACCUGAAGGUGAGAAAUGUGGAGGGCCAGGUGGUAACAUGCAUGCUUCAACCUUAAACAACAUAAGUUUCCAGAACCCAUCGGUUGAUAUAUUGCAAGCAUACUAUUGGAACUUAACCGCUUCUACUGCUCCUCCUCUUCCUUUUGACACUGAUUUUCCGGCUUUCCCUCCUGUUCCUUUUAACUACACUGCAGGUGACAAUGCCCAAUAUCAAUUUCCCAGCCUAGGAACGAAGGUAAGGAUGAUAGAGUAUGGUCAAAGAGUGGAAAUCGUGUUCCAAGGGACUAAUAUAGGGAAUCCGGAGAACCAUCCAAUUCAUCUUCAUGGUUAUAGCUUCUACGUGGUUGGAAGGGGUCAUGGAAACUUUGACACCGACCCCAAUUACAAACAUGAUUACAAUUUGGUUGAUCCUCCUAGAGUUAACACCAUUGGAGUUCCUAAAAACGGCUGGGUUGCCAUUAGAUUUAAAGCUGAUAAUCCCGGGGUUUGGUUUAUGCACUGUCAUUUGGAAAAGCACGCCAUCUACGGUAUGGCUGGGGUCCUCAUUGUGAAGGAUGGAGACAACGAUCAGGAAAAAAUGCUGCCACCUCCUAAAGAUGGUAUGCCUAAAUGUUGAUUGUUUUAGAAAUUUUUUCUGUUGGAUCUGUGUGUUUUAGAAAAUGUUUCAGCUCGAUCUCAAAAUGGCACCUUCAACUAUAGUUCGCCUAUUUGUUUAGUGUAUUUUCGUAAAUGUUUCAGUUCGAUCUCUAAGUGGCACCUCCAACUGGUUUGCUUGUAUGUUCAGUUUGUAUUUUAGAAAAUGUUUUGGUUUGAUCUCUAUGGACUCAUAGAAUGGAAAAUAAUUUGAAUUGGGACUUUUGAGAA